CAGGAGCGAAGUUCACAGCGCUGCUUUACUGCGCGCUCCCGCGCUGGAGAUCUCCGUGCCGUCUCCGCCUUUCCAGCCCAAACUCGCUUUGUUUCGUGGGACAAACGCCAUAAAAUGGAAAAGAUAUAUAGAAACGUCUAGCUUUUGCAAACUCCAGACAAGCAACUUUUUGCCAAUCGUUCAUCAUCAUCCUCCUCAUCAUCACAGCCAUGGAGACGGUGGUGAUCGUGGCCAUCGGUGUACUCGCCACCAUCUUCUUGGCAUCAUUUGUGGCGCUGGUGGUUGUGUGCCGCCAUCGUUACUGCCACCCUCCAGACUUUCUGCACCACUUUGAUUCCAAACCUACAGUGGAUUUGAUUGGAGCGAUGGAGACUCAGAGUGAACCAUCAGAGCUGGAGCUGGAUGAUGUUGUCAUCACUAAUCCUCAUAUUGAGGCCAUACUGGAGAACGAAGACUGGAUCGAAGAUGCCUCUGGUCUUGUGUCUCACUGCAUUGCAAUUCUGAAGAUAUGCCACACUCUCACCGAAAAGCUAGUCGCCAUGACAAUGGGCUCUGGGGCAAAGGUCAAAGCACCUGCCAGCCUGAAUGACAUCAUCACCGUGGCCAAACGCAUCAGCCCAAGGGUGGAUGACGUGGUUCGAUCCAUGUACCCUCCGCUGGACCCCAUUCUUCUGGAUGCCAGGGCCACAGCAUUACUAUUGUCGGUCAGCCACUUGGUACUGGUGACACGAAACGCCUGUCACAUGUCUGGCAGCCUGGACUGGAUCGACCAAUCACUGCAUGCAGCCGAGGAUCACAUGGUGGUGUUGAGAGAGGCGGCUUUAGCGUCUGAACCAGAGAGAGGUUUGCCAGAGAGAGAGCAGUCAAUCUGAAUCACACACAAGACUUUGGCUGGCAUAUUGUAUGUACAUACACUAUUAUGAAUGUGCCUGUAAAGAAUUAGUGGGCAAUACCUCAACACAUCCAUGGUGUGAAAGAGAAAGGCACCUUAGCUUAGCCUUGUUUCCAAAUUGUUUCUUUCUCUCUUUCUUUCAUUUUAUCUGUUACAUUCCAGUUUAAUCUGUGGUCAUACUGUCUGAUAUUCCCUCAUGCUGGAUUCAAAUGUAGAUACUAGUGCUAAACAAUGCCUGAGACAAUCAAAAACAUGAAUGUAUAAACCAAAUACAAAAUGUGCUAAAUGGUAUUGCCAAGUUUGUUAGCUAAACCUUUUAUAAACAUAAUAAGAUUUACCUUUUCUUUCUUGUGUCUCAU